GGAAAUCACCUUUUCUCCCGAUUUGCGCUGAGCUUUGUCACGUUCAUUGACUCUCCCUCUCUGUGUGCCCGCGUGCCGAGGAGGCUGCCGCAACCUUUCACUCGUUCUCACUCACUCUAGGCUGGCUGAUCAACACGAACUCGCAACUUGCAACUUGUAACCCUGUGCAAAAUAUCAACCGUACCAUCCAGCGACUUAGGAACCACUACCAGCUUCAUAGCCUCAACUGAUGGCCCUCUUCAAACGGAACAAGGACAAGGGCAAGAGGCUCGCGGACGGGAGCGGCGAUGAGAGACCGGUCGAUAAGCCAAAGAGGAAGCGUCCUGCCAACACCGCGUUCAAGCAGCAACGUCUCAAGGCCUGGCAACCCAUCUUGACGCCCAAGAGCGUCCUCCCCACGCUCUUUGCCAUCGGCUUGCUCUUUGCGCCGAUCGGAGCCGUGCUCAUCUGGGGUAGCAAUACCGUCACCUCGAUCACUCUGAAUUAUACCGACUGUGAUACCUCGGCCCCGACCGAUGGGACCUUCGAAGCAAUGUCCGGGAACCGAUACGACUACAACCUGGCAUCCGGACACUCUGGGGCAAGCUAUACCGCCCCGACCUGGUCGUUCACCAACGAUUCGUCCCGAGCUAUCGGAGAGAGGGCGCAGUGCGUCGUCAGGUUUCAGGUCCCUUAUGAUCUCGAUCCGUCCGUCUUCCUAUACUACAAGUUGACCAACUACUAUCAGAACCAUCGACGAUAUGUGCUCAGUCUUGACAAGGACCAGCUGAUAGGACACGAUCGAACGCCCAACCAGAUUGACGACGGGCAGUGCACACCGAUCACCCUCAGGGACGGCGUGCCCAUCUACCCCUGUGGUCUGAUCGCCAACAGUGUCUUCAACGACACGUUUACCAAUCUGCAACUGCUCAACCCGGAGGGCGGAUCCGGCGCUCAGGCUUACCCCCUUUCCGAACGAAACAUCGCGUGGGACGGCGAGUCCAAGCACUAUACCAACAACCCUCCCGGAGUCCCCUCGGAUUAUGCCGUCCCUCCCAACUGGUUGGAGAGGUACCCGAACGGCUACGAAUCGUUCCCUCCCUUGGCGGACGAUGAGCAUUUCCAGGUCUGGAUGAGGACUUCGGCUUUGCCUACGUUUAGCAAGUUGUGGGGGAGGAACGAUGACGAUGUGAUGAACAGCGGGACGUACGAGAUGACUAUCAACAUGAACUACCCCGUCCGACAGUUCUCGGGUACCAAGUCGGUCGUCUUCUCCACCGUCUCGUGGAUGGGCGGCAAGAACCCCUUCUUGGGCUGGGCUUAUGUGGCGACUGCCAUCUUGUUCGUCGUCCUGGCCGUCGCGGGGACCGCGAAACAUCUCUUGCAGCCGAGGAGGAUGGGGGACAUGUCGAUGUUGUCCUGGAACCAGAACAAGUAGAAUGUACCAGGUUGUUGCUCUUAUCCUAUAGACCGGGCGCUUCGUUUGUUCGGCUCACCCUGACCUUGGUACCCGCUCUUGCCCUUGCCCCCUCUUCGUUCGUCUCGGGUCAUAAAGAUCUUUCGAUGUGAUCGUGGACGAUGUUGUACAAUAAUUACAUUCGAAUGUUUAUGCGAUGAUCUACAAUAAUGACACUGCGAAUCCGAGAGAUUAUAG